ACUAAAAUAGUCCGACCACAUAAGUAAAAGGACCAUUUUGAUCAUUUCUCCUUCUUCUCUCUCUGUAGAGCCGGCGAGUCUCGGUGUUCUACGCAAUCUCUCUUCUCUUUCGCUUGCUUCAAAGUCUGAGGUUUUCUCUCUUCGUUGCUAAUCCCUAUAUUUUCUUCUCUCAACAGAUCAUUGCUGUUGUCAUGUAUGAUUUAUUGUGGCGUAUGGUUGAGAGAAUAUAAGGUUGAUAUUUGCUUGGGGGUAUAUUAAAUGGACUUUCAGAGUAACCCACAAGGUGAAUAUGGAAGGUUUGAACAGAUACUUGCUCAAUUUCUGCUGAAAACCUUGCAUAUUGUUAUGGACUGUAGAGUUCCUUCUAUACGCCCUUGUGGACGUAGUGGGGAAGUGAAAAAGAGUGACAAAUGGUUCAAUUUGGUGUUGGGAGAUCGGCCUGCUGUUCUGGAUAAUUUGAAUUUUUGGCAUAGAAAUUUGAUGGAACCAAUGAUAAUAGACAUAAUAAUUGUUCAAGAGAAACAUAGUUCGUUGUUGGAGCAUAGUUCAGGUAUUGCAGGGGCAUAUACCGAAACCAUUAUAGAGAGGUGGGUUGUACAAUAUGAGUAUAUGAGGACAAUGGUUCCUCAAAUUGGUGAUUCGUCUUAUAAGAAAACAUACAAGAAAUCAAUAAUAUUGCUCCGCGCCCUUUAUUCAAUGAUGAGGCUCCUUCCUGCAUUCAAGGCCUUCAGGAAACUUUCAUCAAGCCAGAGUUGUGACUUUGAUAUCAUUUACAAAGUCUCUUCAUUUAGUGCUCCAUUCUCCAGGGUAGAGGAGGAGUUGAUGAAGCACUAUACUUUUACUCCAGUUGAUGCCCAGCAGGGUCGUCUUUGUAUAUCUGUUACAUAUCGUGAAGAUCUGUCGAACUUUAACCUGGAGACUGCUGCAUCCUUUCCACCUGAGAUCAUUACAGAUUAUGUAGGCAGUCCUCUUGCUGACCCGAUGAGGUCAUUUCCAUCCACCUCAUCUGAUAAGGGUGGACACCCUACAUCAUUUCCGUCGAGAGGGACACAUUCAUCUUCUUCAUCACCUUUCCAGCGUCCACACAGUUGGACAAGUGGUUUCCUCACGUCUCCUUCUUUACCUCGGACACAGCCAUAUGUAGGAUCUCCACCUUUGUACCGGCCACCACAUGAGCUUUCAUCUUCACCCAGUGAUGUACAUGGACACAGGGUUUCACCUAACAACAGAUUGCCAAUUCACCACAAAGCAACGAGCUUUGAUGAAUACCAGCUUUCACCUCCAUUUUCACCAUCUCCAUCUCCAUCGCCACCAACAUAUCUGUCAGGUGCAAAUCCUGGGCAGACUCGUUUGCGUUCUGGAUCUGGCCCCGUCAGUAUCCCUCAUCCAAUGAUGGGUACAAGUUCCAGAUACCUAUCUCCUAAUUUGUCUGAUCCGAACAGGCAUUCUCUUCCUCCAAUGUCUCCCAAAAGUAUAAAGCAUGAUUCAUCAUCCCAAGAAUCCCCUUCAGGUAUCAGGUCAUUCAGGAAAAUGGAUCCGCUGAGGACUCUUGAAUCGAAUAUCGUCACUACCAGUCCUGGACAAAAGAUUUCCAGAGAUGUUAGAGAUGAUUCAGGACGGUUCUCUGGUUUGCUAUCUUCAAGUGGUUCGCCACGUAUAUUUUCUAGAAGUUCUAGCAGACUAUCUUUUCAAGAUGACUUGGAUGUCUGUGAUUUUUCCUGUCCUUUUAUUGUUGAUGAUGUCGACACUUCCGAUUCUCAAGCCAGUGAGAUCCUUGAUGGGAGAAAAGGUUCAGAAAUCUCUUCUCAGGCAUCUGCAACAACCAGAAAAUCCCAAGAUGCAGCUGUAGGUGCCCUUGUUCACAUGCUAAGAACUGCUCCUCCUUUGCGCCAAGAUUCUAGCUGUUAUACCUCGAAUAGCAUAAAGACUGAACUGGAUGGAGAACUUAGCACUGCAUCUGGAUUUUUCAUUAGUAGAAAGGCAUCCGAUGCGUUGGAGGAGCUCAAAACUUACAAAGAUUUGAAAGAUCUACUUCUGUCCAAGAGCGCAACUCGUUCAGUCAGUGAGGGUUGAAUUUAAACCUGAUGUAUCCCACUUACAAAAGUUAGCUCAAAAUGGAUGAAGGUAGUUGAUAUUUCUCCCUAAUGUUAAUGAACAAACUUCUCUAUGGAGAAUUCCAUUGUUCCUCUAGUUUGGAGGGCUAACAAAUUCUGUACAUAGGUGAUGAGAAAAAUCACAAACAUAGUUGAAACAGUUGCCUGAAUGACAUAAUUUUUUAU